AUGAAGAGGAUGAAAGAGGAGAAGAUGAAGAGCGUGGAAGAGAAGAAGAUGCAAGAACAACAAGAAAAAGGUCCCAGUUUGCUUGGAGAUGAUUCGGCAAGACAAAAUGGUCGCAGCUUGUUUGGAUUAAAAGGUCUGUAUUCAUGGCUGAUAGAAGACGGGAAGAGGAGUCAAGAAAACAAGAAGAAGGUGCAAGAACACAUAAAGAAGGUGCUAGAACUGCUAGAAGAAGAAAAAGGUCACAGUUUUCCAGAUGAUUCCAAAGAAAACGGUCUGCGUUCAGUGUUGCAAGAAUACCAUAGGAGGAUGCAAGAAGACGGGGAGAGGUGGCAAGAACACGCGAAGAGGAUCAUGAAGUAUUCUCGUGAAUCAAAUCUUCAAGCGAUGAUGUCUAAAAGGAUAACGAAAGGAUUUGAGCAAGCUACCCACAUUGCCAGUUUUGGUUCGAUGACAAUGGUCCAGUCCAUCAUUUAUGGGCGGUGGAUAAACCGCUUCCAGGAGCAGCUCUGCACCACGGUGUAUGGUUGGGAAAGCUAUCUAAUUGGUAACGUAUAUGGUGCCUUCAAGAGCUUCUCCACUGGGCCUCUUGAAGAUGAUCACGGUUUUGAGGAGCGUCAGAAAAUGAAUGACCAAGUUCUUACCUUUUUGUUCAAAAGCCAUCCCUCGUAUCAAAUCACGCAUUUGGGUCAGUUUUUAACUAGGUUUUUGGUGGAUAAAAGGUUUGAAGAGGCAGUUGCUGGAAGAACUAUUGCAGUUCAUUCGAUGAGGGAGUUCAUUAAUAUCAUGAAGUAUUCUCGUGAAUCAAAUGUUCAAGCGAUGAUGUCCCGAAGGAUAACGAAAGGAUUUGAACAAGCUACCCACAUUGCCAGUUUUGGUGGGGCUUCCAUGAGCAGCUCUGCACAGAUAACCUUCAAAGGCUCUUACACGGUGAAACCCAUUGAACCAACAUGGUACGGUCGCUUAGCCUUAUCUGAAUGGGGCCAAACAGGAGUUAUAACUCAUGUGCCAACCAUCUACUUCUACCGCCCCUCACGUGACUCCUCCACCAUGGCUACCACCUUGAGAGACUCUUUAAGCCGAGUCCUCGUCCCGUUUUAUCCACUAGCUGGUCGUUUACAAUGGACAGACGAAAACGACGGUCGUUUAGAGCUCGAGUGCAAUGCAAUGGGGGUUAAGUUCAUCGAAGCAGAGUCCUCGCUAACAUUAAACAACUUCGGUGACUUUUCAUCUUCUUCAGAGUACCAACACCUCAUCCCGAGCGUGGACUACACACUUCCGAUUCACGUGUGGCCUUUGUUUCUAGUUCAGUUCACGAGGUUUGCAUGUGGUGGCGUUUGUAUCAGCUUCCAAGUCUCGCAUGCGGUUGUGGAUGGACCAAGCGCAUUGCAUUUCAUUUCAGAGUGGGCCAGGCUCGCACGCGGCGAGCCUCUGCAAACGACGCCGUUUCUUGACCGGAAAGUGCUGCGUGCGGGGGAGCCUCCGUUAAUGGAAGCAAACCAAGGUCAAUGGACGUUCAAUUUCAACCUCCCUACUCUACUUCUAGACAAAACAGAGGAAAAACAAGGGAUGAAGAAAAAGAAGAAGAAAAACUCUUUGGCUACCCUUAAAGUGAGCAAAACCCAAGUUGAGAAAUUGAGAAAGGAAGCAAAUGAGGGUUUUGAUGGUUCUACCAACGUACGUGGUUACACGAGGUACGAGGCUGUAACUGGACACAUGUGGAGAAGUGCAUGCAAAGCUAGGGAGCACAAACAUGACCAACCAACGGCGUUGGGUGUGAGCGUUGACAUGAGGCGUCGUGUACAACCUAAUUUACCAAAAGGGUAUUUCGGGAAUGCAACUUUUGAUGUGGUGGCUACAGGUGUUGCUGGCGACCUAGUUUCAAAGCCUUUGGGGUAUGUGUCGGGGAGGAUAAGGGAGGCGAUUGAGAAGGUGGAUGAUGAGUACGUGAGGUCGGGGAUUGAGUUCUUGAAAGAGCAGAGGGAUUUGACAAAGUUUCAAGAUUUUCAUACGACGGAGAGUGAAAAUGGAGCAUUUUAUGGGGACCCGAAUCUUGGGGUGUUUAGCUGGUUGACGUUGCCGAUUUAUGGGGUUGAUUUUGGGUGGGGGAAGGAGAUUUUCAUGGGUCCAGGAACACAUGAUUUUGAUGGAGAUUCUCUACUUCUUCCUGGUCCAGUUGAAGAUGGAUCUUUGCUCAUUGCUAUUUGUCUGCAAGAGAUUCAUAUGGAGGCCUUUAAAAAGCAUUUUUACGAAGGCAUUAUGUAUAUAAAAUGA